AUGAAGGCAUCGCGAGCAAUCCGUCCGAUAGUGGAAGCCGAGGAACAGAGAGCAUUAGACGUAGAUGUGGUGGAAGCUGCUGCCUUGAGGACAGUCGAAUUCGAGAAGUGGCGUCUGAAGCCGAUGUUGUACGAGCAUGAUGAAGAAAAAGAAGCCGGCGCCGAUGAGCCAAAAGAGGACGAUGAUGUUGGUGUUACAAGAAGUGAUGGCAGUAGUGGACGUGGUACAGAUACACAGCAGCCGCGGACCAGACCGCGCGCCGCAGGACCAAACGUCCGUCCGGCCAGCUGCCCGAUCGGGUUCAUCCUGUUUGAUCGGUCCGCCCAGGACGGACUGGACGCAGAAACGAAAGGCCUAUAG